UGUGUUCAUCCAGCUCUACACCUUGUUAUCUCAGACAAUGUGGGACUUAAUUUUCAACUUCAUGUCACCAGGCAUGUCUGUCUUUUUUGUUUUACCCUAUUUCAUAAUUUUUCUUCACUAUUUUAGUAUUUGCCAUUCUUCAUACAAAUCUCUAAUUGUUUUAAAUUAACAUAAAUAAUAUUUAUUUUUGAAUCAGCUGUUCGGUGUUUACCUAAAACCUCUGACAGCCCAACUGAGGAUAAGAAAUCCCAGCUGAGAGACUGUGUGGGGUGAAUGCACUUGCGACAUUCCGGGAAAUAAAACCACCUUCAUGAAACAUAGCAUAAGAAAUAGGUGCGGGAAGAGGCCUUUCAGCUGCUUACCCCUGUGCACCAUUCAGUGAUGUUAUGUCUGAUCUGAUCUUGGUCUUAACUGCACUUUACAAACUGUUCCUUAUAACCCUUGAUUUCCAUAGUUCACAUAUCUGUCUCAGCCUUGAAUGUAUUAAAUGACUCCACCUCUAAAGAUUUCUGGGGUGAAGAAUUCCAACACACUUGAUCCUCUAAGGGAAGGAAUUCUUCCUUAUCUCCAUCUUAAGUAGGUAACUUCUUACUCUGAUAUUUUAUUCUCUUGGUAUCUACCUUCUCAAGCCCUACCAGAAUCAUUUUAUUUUCACUAACAUCACCUGUCAAUUCUUCUAACUCCAAUUCGUACAGACCCAGAUAUAACGCAAGUGUCAUAAACUACCUUUCUUAUUUGAUGUAAGUAUCACAGUGUUUUUUGUCUGGAUUUUACCAUAUGAAAUGAAUCGGGUAAAUGACACCCAGUAAGCAAACAGUGGGACCAUUUUUGGCAAACUGGUAUCAUUGUGUAGUUUUUCUUUAUGACUAGAUAAUAGAUAUGAACAGUGGGCAAAAAUACAGUGACAAAAUGGUAUUAAAGAUAAUAUGCAAUUGUCAUCUAGUCUGCCCCAACAUCCCUGGGCACGUGCAGUAUAGAACUUUGUCUGUUCAACUUCAGCAGUGUACUUAAACACCCAAUAUCAGAAGAAAAUCUGCAAUAGCAGAUUUCUGAAACUUUGCCAUCAUUAGUGAAAUCACCUCCUAGUGCUGAAUUAUAAACAAAUUAGAAACCAAUUUGAGUAAUCAAGUCCACUUAAUAUCAGAAGUUUGUUCUGGCCUGCUUGAUUGAAUGGGACAAGUCUAAUCAGCUUUGACUAAAUUCAGCUUCAGAUGGUAAAGGAUAAAGCCAAAUGAAUAUGUUCUUUCACUUGUGAAAAAAUAAUAAUUUAUUUAUAAAUUUUGGUGCACUUAUUGGUUCACUUUGAAUGUUGCUAAGAUGCUUAAUGGGAUGUUUUUUCCCCAUUUACCAGGUUUGAAGAUACUUCGCUGUUGUAACCACUGUGACAUCAUUGGAACUAUCAAAGAAGAAAAGAAAUUUAAAGGCGCACAUUGGCACUGCUACCGCUGUCGAAAUGGUUUCAAUAGACGUGAUGAAGCUGUCAAGCAUUACAAAACUCAUUUCCGCAACCCUCAUACCACUUUCCAAAUUCAAAUUGCACAAGAGGUAAAUAGUCGACAGUAUUACGAGCAAAGUGCAGAAGCUCAUCAUAAAGCUUACGGAGGCAACCGCAUUACUUCUGGUGGGACAAUAGAUAUCACACCAAUUAGUCCUGUUGUGACAGAAGUAGCCAUUAACACAACAACCUCAACCCUUACCACAGAGAAAAAUGAUACUAUUAUAGGACAGGCUGCAAAGGAUGGCAAUUUGACCAGUGGCAUCACUGCUGGCGCAGAAGAAACUAUGGGCUCUACAUCAGAUGCACAUCAAACUCUGGUUCUUAUGGACCCAGAUGGGGAAAAUGGAGAGCUUGUGUACAGUGAUACUGCAAACCUAGUUGCAGAACAGAGUAAUGGAACUUUGGAUCGAAAUCUGCUAAUAGAAAAACAACUACUCGAACUACACCAGCAGAAUCAUCAGCUUCGAUUAGAGAAAGCAGAAACUGAGCGCAGGCUCCAAAUGGAAAUCCAACAGCUAAAAGAUCAGAUUGCAAGUCUAACAGAGGCCAAUUGGCAAAUGGCCGAAGAACUAAAGCAAUACAAAUGUUCCGGAGAUAUUGAGAACAAAAUAAGUCAAAUGAUUGAGCAGAUGGAGAUACAGCACAAGGAGCUCUUACAGAUGCAGGUGGAGCUGCUUCGGAAGGAGUAUAACAAGUUAAAUCAUCAAGCUAUCGGUGGCUCUGAUUCUGUUCAGGAUUCUAAUUCUAUUCAGGACUCUAAUGAUGAUUGCGCUGGUGGAACUGAGAGUACAACUGAACGGACAUUCGUGGGCACCACGACUUUGUCCCCCAAGAGUCAUAGUGUAACACUGACCUUACCCACCACUAUAGUGUCUUCGGCACAUGAAAUCAUGACCUCUGAGCAUGGAAUCAUGUCAACAUCGGAAGAUGUAAUUGCCGCAUCUGAAAUGGACCUCAGUUCUGGAAAUGUCAUAUCCUUCAUUGAGCCUAAUGAUAAUUCAUCAAAUGGAUCUGCAGGUUUAACAACACUUGAAAUUGUGGAGGUCCAUUUAGACAGCGAGUCAACCAUUUCAAAUAUUGAGUCAUCUUCCCCAACACAUGUACAUCUGUAUCCUGUCACACAAAUCACUGAUAAUGUUGAACUUUCUAAUGGCAAACGGAUUUCCGAAGAGGAUCCUGAAGAAGGAAAUCAAUCAAAAAUCCAGAGAAUUGUUUGAAACGGGCUACUGCUAAUACUAUGUUAUUGCAUAGUGUCUAAAUGUAUGGCUUUAUUUUUAUUCAAUACUUCGUCAGUGAAUAAUUUAUUAAUAUUUAAUUCAGAAUUGUUCUUAUCUUAGUAUUUUUAAAUUGAUGUUAGAGAGAACUUAUUUAACUUAUGAACUUUGAUCAUUUCAGAUUGCUUUGUGCCAAAGAGUACUGUACAUUUUCCUAGUACAGUAGAGAUAGUUAGGCAAUAUAAUAAGUCCUUAUUGCUUGACCUUUCAAAAAAAAACUUAACAGCAAUGCAAUAACCUACAAUUAUUGUUAUAGUUCUUGACUGAAACAAAUAUUGGGAACUCAAAAAUAAGCUGACUGCUGACCAUGAUCAAUUUAAAUAAUGAAACAUUCUGUAAACUGUUUGAUUUCAAGGCCAUCAACUGAAUCUGUUUCUAUUUUAUGGAAGUUUUAGGAAUUCAUUAAUAGUUAUGACAAGAAAAUGUAAAUUUAUAUUUAAUAACGUUAAAUCUUUGGAAGGGCCACUGGCAAUUUAAUCAUCAGGUAAUGAAAGUCGACUAUCAAGUAGGCUUACUAUCUUGUGUGCAUGAUGGCAUUUCCAGAGUCUUAAUGACAUCAGCAUUAACAGAUGAAUUGUAUUAAAGGAAAUUGAAUUCAAGACUACUGUCUCUUUAUAUAGCUGCAAUAAUGGAGUGAUUUUAAUCUCCCCUUUAAAGCAUUUUGCCUUUCACACCCCUCAAAGUUACCAAUCUAAAUUACUCAGCAAAAAUGUGAUGGACCUGCCAGAAUGAUUAACAGCAAAACUCGUGCCACACUUGGUGCUGAACAUUACGUUAACGCUAGGUGUGUUUGUGGCGAGCAGCAUGUAAAACAGGGCAGGUAACCUUAUUGGUAGUUUUCCUCCCAACCCCAGAGCUCAAACUCAAUAUGGAAAGUGAGCGGGCACCUAACUUGGUAACCCAACCACCAUAUGUAAAGCAAGUACAAAUCAAUUGAGCUUGUCAUUUGCAGAGAGAAAAUCACUUUGCUUUUCGCAUUCAGUCCGAAUAUAUUGUGAGUUGAAUGCUUACAAGGUGCCUCAGAUGCCUUUUGGUGUUUGUGUAAUCUCUGCAGACGUUAAGCUGUUUUGAAUUAAAUGACCAAGUGACUUGGGCAAUUUCGGUUCUGUUUUUAUUUAAUUGAGGCUAAAUUGCUAACUUGAAAUCAUUCGGUAUGUCCAAGUUGGUGAUGUUUGAAUCCAAAAUAAUUAGUGUACAUUAAAUUAUUUUUAAUAAAUUCCUUUUAAAUAAUUUCAAGCCUUAGAUUGCUACAGAUACUUAUUUUAUAGCCUCUUCAAAUUGCAUUUCACUCUUUCAUGACGUGCGCAUUGUUUCAGUUUUGUUAUGGUUCAGCCAUGAAAAAUAUAUUUUUUGGUUUCCUUCCAUUGCCUUUAGUUUAAUGGGUAAAGAUGUUUCCAAUGGAUAUUGUUGAAUUGAUAUUUUUAAUUAAGUUACAAUUUCAUAUCAUAAAAGACAUUAAAAUAUGUAUUCUACAAUAGCAGCCUUGUAUAUAAUUUUUUUGAUUGAGCUAGUGAUAGACAACUUUUGCACUGAGCAAAAACAAAUAAUUUCCUUUAUAUUUUGUUCCAAAAUCAAAUGAUCAGAUGUAUUCUUUAAAUAAACCUGAAAUGAAGCGUGUAUAUUUUUGCAUUGUUAAACAGCAGUAAGUCUAAAAUUGAGGUAAUUCACCUUUUAUUUAAAUUUCUUCUUGUGAGCAAGUUAGGGAUUAAUAUCAGAUGGCACCUCGUAUUUUCAUUCUUCCAAGUUCAUUUAUUCUUCAGACUUGAACAAACUAUAUUUUCAAACUUGAAUUUCUAAAUGAAGAUGUUUUGCUAUGUCGCACUGUACAAAUGUAAGUUCUAGUGAACUAAAUAACUGUACAUUAGUAAAUUGUACAUUAAAUAUUUUCAGUUCUGUUUCUUGCACUUAUUUUAUCAGAAUAAAAUAGAUCUGCAAAAGA